UGCGCCGGCCGGCGACCACGUGCCUCCGCCUGCCAGCGGACCAUGUGCGGAGCGGCAAGAUGGCGGCGCGGUGGAGGGGCAAAGACAGGGAUUUAAAUGCCGGUAACAGCGACUUUCUGACCAGGAACACUCUCAACGAGGUGAUGCUGAGUAGAGGCAGCAUGGCAGGAGCAGAGAGGGACGUGCAGUCUGUGAUGGACCGCUCCAUCCUGGCCAUCCUGGAAGACUCCACCGUCACUCCAGAGGAUAAGAGGAGAGUGGAGGAGGAGAGUGAGACCACCUUGCUGUCAGCCCUCUCUGAGAUACUGGAUACAGUGGAGGAUGACGACGUCACUCUGUCGCCUUUCGACACGCUGCUUGACGCUGAGCUCUUGGCACACCAGGAGCACAGGGACAACUCUCCGUUGAGGAGGCUGUUGAGUCUGGCUGGAGCUGCGCCUGACAGAGAUCCUGUGUGUUGUUCCCCAAAGUCCUCCUCCCUGUCACCGUCCCAAGAAAAGGAGGAAUCCAUUGUUGACAGACUGAGAAGACCGAGAUUCAAAGAGCAGAGUGGUGGAGAAGAAACAGACAGGAGCAAAGGAGAAAGUGACAGCCUGCCUCAGGGGUUCAAACUGCCUAUUCAGAAAGCACUUGACUCCACAAAUUCAUUUGAAUUGAGAUCAAAAAAAGCAGAGACUGAAAUUGAGGUGUUCACGCCAACAUCUCUGGUGAACCUCGUGAAUAUCAUGCACCCCUACUGCCUCAGGUUACACCUGGAGGAAGAGGGCAAAGGCUGGGUCAGCAAAUCUAGACAAAUGACCUCCCCACGGGGUAAACAGAAGAAAGACCACACCUUAUCUUCUAUGGGAGAGAUAUGGAAGUAUGAAAAGCCCACUGGAGACAGUGAUGAGGAAAUAAAUGUUGAUGAAGAUGAUGAGGAAAUACCAUUCAAAGAGACAAAGGAGCAAGAGGAGGGAGCUAAAAGACCAGUUGACCCCAAACUGCUGAAGAGUUCAUUGUUGAAUCGGGAUUCAACCAGGGCCCAGCCAUCCAGGGAGAAGAAAAGGGUGAGCUUCGGCCCUGUCCAGGUGGCUUGCUUCAAUGAAGCUAUGGAAGAAGAGUCUAAUGGAAAAAAGCUGACCGACACAGCAGUUUCAGCUCCACUUACCAGCACAAAGAACCCCGAAACACUACUUGGGCCAGAACCAGAGCCCUUGACAAAACCCUCGUCAGAAAACAACUGUGACACGGAUGAGGCUGUGCAUGUUCUGCCACCACAAGGCGAGACUAAGGCCAAAUCACUAAGCCUUCAACAGUACAGACAGCUACGCCAAAAGAGGCUGCCCUUAGUUGAAAAACAGAGGAACUACACCACCAAGUGGCCCUCCCUCUCUGAGACACCUAAAGAGCUGACUCCCAUACUCUGUUUACAGGGACAGAAACGUCACAGGUGCGAGACUAAACCAUGUACUAAUGAACACCAUAGUGGACUGAAGCACCCGAGGACUGAAUCCAGAAUCAACUCACCUGCUAGUCCGCUCCCAGGCAUCACAGCUACCCUGAAUGUGCCUGAAAACAGAAGUCCAGUAAAGAAGCGAACAUUACUAAGUAGUGAUCCCCCUAAUCCUGUCCUCCUCCCCCUGCCUGUUACUCAGCCAUCUAGUGACAGGGCAGUAUUGCCGUCCGCCACCCAAUCUUCCUCAGAGCCCAAGGUGGCAUUCCUUAACAGAGACCCCAACCUUGAAAGCACCAGACUCCUGCAAGAGAUCCAGACGAAAUUCUCGACCCAUCCUCCAAAACGAGAGUCAUCCUCACAAGAACCAAAGUCCAAGGUGUUGUUGCUGAACCAGGAUCCUAACCUGGACAGUGCCACUCUGCUUCAGGAAAUAAAGAAUACGUUUUCUAAACAACCUCCAAAUGAAGAGCGUCUCUCUUCCAGAUCUCCAAAGCACUGCCCUGCGACAGCACAACCCGAUUCUAUAUCAGACUGUCAGAAACCACAGACUCAACACUGCAGCCAGAGCCUAAAAAAAGAAACUGAACUAUUACCAAAGAUUGCUCAGUUACCAAGUGCAGAUCUGAUGAGACAAACUAAGUGUCCUUCCUCCAUGCCAUACUCCACUCCACCACCGACUCCUGUGAAGGCUUCCAUUCAACCAGAGGAGAAAUUAACUGGGGUUCCCGUCUAUAUUUCUCCCUCUGAAGAAAAACUAUCCCCUCCCCAGUUUACCUGUGGAGUGCAGAGUUCAACAUGUGACUCGGGAAUUGAAGCCCCUGAUCUGACCAGCUUACUGGAACAAUUUGAGGAGACGCAAGUCAAAGAUCAGAAUAAGUGUGAGAGUGACCUGCUCAUCGGAUCUGAAGACAUUUCUGAAGCAGCCGAUCCGACCAGACCACCUUUGGAAACCAGUUGUAGUGGAAACACUGUGGAAAUGCUGGGGUUUUUGGAUGCUUGCCUCCCAAGCAUUGAACAGCCUCUCUGCAGUUCAGAACCGGAUACAGUUAUUACUGCAGAACUCGUUAAUGCUCCUUGGUCUCCACAUCUGCAAAUGCUCAGAGACUUGGACCCUGACACUGUAGGACAACAAAAGGCCCAUGGAGGAUUCGGAGCACCCUCUGUGGAACCUCUUGAGAGACAAAGUCAGCAAUCUUUUAGCACUUUGGAAAUGCCCAGGACAACAGAAACCCUCAGGAUUCUCCCUCCUGUCCAGAUGUUGGAGACUUCAGACAUUCCAGAGCCUCUUGGCACCGAUAUCGUUCUCAGCUCUCAGGAUUGCUCCUCUGCAAAUCAGCAGCGGAAGCUUUUUCCUUUAGACCCCCAGAGGCAGCAGCCAGCAAGAUCUAAAACACUGCCAUCCAAAGCCAUUCAGAUCAUAGACCCCCGUCCCCUACCGUCCAAGAGGACACACGCUAGUCCCUCAAAGUGCCCUGCCACCAAUACCUCUUCUCAGAUGCACUUAUCUUUAGCAUCAGACCAUGAUUAUUGUGCACCUGUGGAUCGAUUAUUUACAAGUGCUACGUUAUGUAGCAAAACUCUGACUUCUACCCCUAAUAACUUUGCUGACCUCACAUAUAAAAGCCAAGCAACUACUUGUGAGUCAAGUGCCACUUCUGAAAGCAAAAAGUACACCUCAACCUGUGAGGCUAAUGCCACAUUCAAACCUGGUAAUAACUCUAAGAAGUGUGUGUGGCAGCGUCUCUCUGAGGACGAAAGGACUCAGUCAGAGACAAACCUCGCCAUAGAUGUUGACCCACCUUUUUCAAACAAUGUUCUGCCAAAGCAAGAGUAUGAUCUUCUAGGUGAUUCAAGGGAAGACGGAACAAAGCCAUGCACCCUGCCCACUCCUCCCCCCAGCCCUCCUGGUAGAGGGAGGGUGCGCAGAAGAUGUCGGAAAAGAUCCCCCGAUUCUGACUCGAGCUCUAGCUCCCCCUCCUCAUCAUCCUCUUCCUCCUCCCGAUCCACAUCUCGUUCUCCGCAAAGAAAGAGGCUCCGUCACAAACGUUCAGAAAGCAGCUCUUCUUCAACAUCUCCCUCUCCCUCUCGCUCCGUUUCUCACUCCCCACCAUGCCGGCGGUACAGAUUGUCUUACUCCAGAUCAAAAUCAAGAUCCAGGUCUUGGUCCCAGUCUAGGUCUCGAUCCCGAUCACCGGAGGUCUGCCGGAGAUCGUGGGGAAACGUUUACAGCAGCAGGGAGUCCAGGUGGCACAAGAGACAACAUGAGAUAAGGAUUCAAAAACUGAAAGCCAUAGAUGAACGCAGGGUGGUGUAUGUGGGCCGCAUCCGCAGGUCUAUGACGCAUGAUGAGCUGAGAGAGCGCUUCUCUCUGUUUGGAGAUGUCGAAUGUGUCUCCCUUCACUUCCGAGACAGAGGCGACAACUAUGGCUUUGUCACCUUUUACAACAUGGAAGAUGCAUUUGCAGCCAUUGAGAACGGCAGCAAGCUGAGGAGGCCUGAUGAGCUGCCGUUUGACAUCUGCUUCGGUGGGAGACGACAGUUCUGCAAGUCAGACUAUGCUGAUCUAGACUCAAAUAGAGAUGAAGACCCAACUCCUGCCAAGAGCAGGUUUGAGGAGCUCGACUUUGAUUCGUUGCUGAAGCAAGCCCAGAAAGGACUGAAGAGGUAGCAGGACAAGAGCAGAUGGAGCAGCGUGUUGGACACAGAAGAGAUGGAGAAAAGGUUUUCUAUCAACCUCAGAGCAUCAUGCUCAUACUUUUGUACUUUUGUAGCACACCUUUGUAUAUUGGCAAGCUUAUUUGUGUUCAUGUUUUGUUUUGUAAUAUGCAUGUAGAGUUUUUGAUGUGUAUGAGUAAAGUGUACAAAGAUAGUUUAGUUAAUUGUAACAUUUUUUCAAAAGAAAUUUGUGAUAAUGGCACUUGAUAUUGAUUGUUCAUUUACAUUCCAUAACCAUAGGUAACUUUUUGUAUAAAAAAAUAAAAGCACUCUUUUGGGUUUCCUGA